AUGAACUUCAAAUAUUUGAGGUAUAGACAUUUUUUUCCGGUGGCUUCUAGAGACUUUAAAAAAAGCCUUUUUAGACAGAAAAAGGAGAAAAAUUUGUUUUUUUGAGAUAUUUUUAAAUACGGGAUUUUGAAUUUUCUAGAGGAAAGUUUAUUGUCUGCGCCGUUAAAACAAGAAAAAAAUGAAUCCAAAAAAAGUUUUGAAAGGGGUUGAAAAAAAUAAGCGUAGCCGAAAAAAAUCAUGAAAAAAACCGAAUUUUUUUUUUUUUUGGCCGAUUUUUAUAAGGUUUCCGUUCUUUGUUAGAUUCGAAAAAUCAUAACUUAAAUUGUAGGUGUCCUAAAUUCAUGUUUCAGGUACCAAAAAAUUCAGAAUUAUGUGCUUGAUAGUCUUUGAAAAACAAUUAUUUCGAAAAACCUUGAGGGAUAUCUCAAAUUAGGGAAAAACCUUAACUUUAAGGUCAUUUUUUUAGUUCGAAAAAUCAUAACUCAAAUUGUAGGUGUCCUACAUUCAUGUUUCAGGAAUUCAAAAUUGUGUGCUUGAUAAUCCUAGAAAAAAAGAUAAUUUCGAAAAAAACCUUAAGAAAGAUCUCAAAUUAAGAAAAAAACCUUAACUUCAAAGUCAUUUGUUAAGCUCCAAAAAAAUCAUAAUUUUGGCUUUAAGCAUCCAAAAAUUCAUGUUUCAGGUGCCAAAAAAAUUUGAAAUCGUCUUCUUGAUAAUCCUAGAAAAAAAUAUUUAUUUCGAAAAAAACCAAAAAUGUAUCUUUUUUUUCUUCGAUUUCAUAAACAUUUUCCAGCCCGAGAUUCGCCCCAAUAAUGCCCGAUGAGGACGGAAGACACGGGAGAUUGUCGCCCUCGAUCCUGCCUUUCUAUAAUGACGACUCCGGCAAUCAAAUCUUGCCGGUUCCCAAGGUAAUUUGAAAAAAAGAUUUCUUUUCACCAAAUUUGGAGUUUCUAGACCUGGUUACAUUGAAAAAGCUGAAUUUUCUAUAAAAAAAAAUAAUUUCUAGCUCCUGUAAGUAGCCGAAGUGAGCCAAAAAGGAAAAAUAUAGUAUUUUUCCAAAUUUUCACACAUCUUAUAGAGUUAACUCAAAAGUUGGAAAAAAAGUUGAAUUUUUUUGCAAGAAAAAUCAUAAUUUUUUUAGCCCCUGUAAGUGACCGGAACUGAAAAAAACAGAAACAUGUUUUAUUUAACUUUUCAACCUUAUUUUCACUCAUUCAAACGGAUAUUCUAGAGCAACUUGCAAUGGAAAAAUUUAUUUUCCUAUCAAAAAAUUGAAAUUCGCAGCUCCUCCAAGCGAUAUCGGCGAAAAAAAUGUAUGAAGUUUUUUUCCGAGAAAAAAAUUUCCCCAUUUUACUCAUACUAGUUAAUCUUCUAGAGCAAAUUGCACUCAGAAGUUGAAAAAAAUUUGAUAUUUCUUCAAGAAAUCCAUAUUUCCCAGCUCAUGUAAGUGACCGGGACUGAAAAAAAUAAACAGAACCAUUGUUUGUUUAAUUUUUCAACCCUAUUUUCACUCAUUUAAAUUGAUCUUCUAGAGCGAAUGGCACUGAAAAAAUUUUUUUUUCAUAGCUAAAAAAAUUAAAAAUUCCCAGCUCCUGAAAGCUACCAGCAUGGACAAAAAAUUUAUAAUUUUUUUCCGAAAUUUAUUGUAUUUCUGCAGCAAAUUGCACUGUGAAGAUAGAGAAGCUUGAAAAAAAUAAUGAAUUUUUUUAACAGAAAAUCAUAAUUUCUAGCUUCUGGAAGCUACUGGAUUGAACGAAAGAGGAAAAAUAAAGUUUUAUCAACUCUUUUCUUGAUUUUACUGAUCCUUAUCGAUUUUUGGGAGGAUAUAGCAAUGAAAAUCGAUUUUACUUUGAGAAAAACAUGAUUUCCAGUUCCUGGAAGCUCCUGAAAUAAACGAAAAAUGGAUUUUUUCUCAAUUUUCCCUCAUUCGAAUCGAUUUUCUACAGCAAAAUUAACAUUUCCAGCUCCUGGAAGCUAUUGAAAUGGGCGAAAAAGAAAAAAUACAGUUUUACUUGUCGUUUUUCCUAGUUUUUACUCAUCUGAAUCGAUUUUUGGUGGGAUAUUGCACUUGAAAAUCGAUUUUACUUUGAGAAAAAUAUGAUUUCCAGUUUCUGGAAGCUACUGAAAUAUACGAAAAAUGGACUUUUCUCUAUUUUUAUUCAUUCGAAUCGGUUUUCUACAGCAAAAUUAACAUUUCUAGCUCCUCGAAGCGACCGGAAUGAGUCAAAAAGACCGGGAGAAGAUCCUGGAACUGACGAUGGAGGUCUCCGGGGCGAGGAAACUCGUCGACGAAGCCGUGAAGAUCCUGAAGUCGGCCGACGUGCCGGAGAUGGACGACGCCCUGAGCGGAAGCGCGCAGAAGACGAUGAAGAUGGUGAAGGACGUCAAGGACUCCUUCACGCGGAGACAGAAGCGGGCGAUGGAGAAGAAGGGGUUCGCCCUGAUGGAGCCCCAUCAGCUCCGCCGGAUCAUGGAGGAUCAAGGUCCUUUUUUUCGUUCGGAGGGGGACUUGUCUUUAGAGGGGGGAGGGAGGGGGGCUUGGCUUUAUGGGGGAGGUGCCUAACUUAGGGAGGGGGAGUUUGGAACUAACUUGGAAAGAAAAAAACUUUUUGAAUAAAUUGAAAGACCCCUAUAGGGACCACUUAAGCGUUAAGGGCUGAGGGGUGUGAUCCUAAACCCCUAUAGGCACCCCCUUGGUUUCAGUCCUACAGGGAUCACUUUUUCGGCCCCUAUAGGGACCACUCAAAGGUUCCUAAGAUUUGAGAAUUUGAUUGUAAGUUCUGUAAUAAAUUAUCUUCAGUUAGGGUAAAAACCUCCUGGAGGACCAAAAAAAGUGGUCCCUACAGGGGUUUAAGGUCCAAGCCUCUGAAGCUGAAUUGAUAACCCCCCUAUAGGGGUUGGUAAAGUGGUCCCUAUAGAAGACCCUCCAAGGGCCUCUAAGGUUGCUCCUAUAGGGACCACUAUGGAGCUCCUGUCUUAUCUUGAAUUAUUCGGAAAAUUUUAAGUACAAUUUUUAAAAAAACAGUAAUUUGUAGGCGUGGCCGGACGGAAGGACGUUUUCGACAUCGAAGCCUAUGAAAAGAAGACUCUUCUGGAAAGGAAAGAGAUGGUCUGGGACAUUGUCCGGAACGCCGCCAGAGGGGUUUUUAGAUGACCAAAAAUAAUCAAUAAUUCAUUAUUUUAGGGUGCUGCCAACGGUACAGUAAUCCGAAGAAGCAAGCGUCAGAAUUUCGACCCUCAUAUUUUGACGCCGACUGUCCUAACGCCCAUUAUGUUCGCUCCGGUUUAUGGACUGUCUGUGCUGUCUCCAACGGUGAGAGACUGGGAAAAUGAGGAGGGUUCAGAGAAAAAGGAAGCUUUUUGAAAGCCGUUUUUCGUACUCGAAAUGGAUUGAAAUGUUUUGGAAAAAUGCUCCAAAGUGAGAGAAUGAAAAAAUGAGGAGGGAUCAGAGAAAAAGAGAGAUUUUUGGAGCCUUUUGUCCCACUUGAAAAGAUCUUCCAAGGUUCUUGAGAGUUCUAUUGAAAGUGAGGAUUGAGAAAAUCAGGAGGGUUCAGAGAAAAAGGAAGCUUUUCGGAUGCUUUUUGUCGCAUUUGGAAUGGCUAGCAAAGGUUUCUGAGAAUUCGCUAGAAAGUGAGAGACUGAGAAAAUGAGAAGGGUUCAGAGAAAAGAACGAUUUUUUAAAAGGGCUUGGAAUGGCCUGCCAACGGUUUCGAGAAGUUGCUUGGAAGUUAGAGACUGAGGAAACGAGUAGAGUUUAGAGAAAAAGAAAAAUCUUUUUAGAAGCUUUUUGUUGCAUAAAAAAUGGCUAGCAAAGGUUUUCGAGAAGAUGCUCCAAAGUGAGAGACUGAGAUAGUGAGGAGAACUUAGAGAGAAAAAGAAGUUUUUUGGAAGCUUCUUGUUCCACUUGGGAUGACUUGCAAUGGUGUUUGAGAAUUUUCCUCCAAUUGAGAUCUGCGAAAAUUUUUAGUAGCCCCUCUAGGGUUUUUUAAGGUUUAGUGGCCACUAAAGUGGCCAAAUUAGAGGCCCCAUAAGAAGUUAAAAUUUAGAAGCCUUUUUAGAAAUUCGAGAGAUAGUACUGAACCAUUAAAAACUACUAUAGUGGUCACUCAGACGCAAGUGGCUUCUGUAGAGAUGGUUUUAUUGGCCACUUUAGGGUCCCCUUCAAGAACCCUUGAGGAACCUCUUGAGUGGCCACUUAAGUUUCAGGAUUUUGAGAUAUUGAGGAUUCAUACCUAGGAACUUUAAAAUUUUAGAGUGGUUCCUAUAGCGGUUAGGGGAAAAACGGUCCUAAUAACGGACGAGAAAGUGGUCCCUAUAGGGGUUUAGGGGGGGCCCUCCAAAUGGCACCUAAGGUGUCCCUAUAGGGACCACUUUAGAGUCCAUAAGUAUAUCCUUCCUCAACAGAAAACAGCUUUUCCGGACUCUUCUCACCCAUUGAAUUCUUAGGUCCUCUCGCCUGGAAUCUUCACCCCGCUGCUUCUGAACCCGGCGGUCCUGUCGCCAUACGUCUUCUCGCCGACCGUCGGAAUCCCCUUCAUCCUCUCGCCCUACGUCCUCUCUCCCUACGUUUUCUCGCCCCUGGUCAUGGCGCCGUUCAUCCUGACGCCCUACGUCUUGUCCCCCAACGUCUUCAACCCCUACGUCCUGUCCCCCUUGGUCCUGUCUCCCCUGGUCCUGUGUCCCGACGUCGUCUCCCCGAUGGUCCUCGGCGGCGUCGUCCUCACUCCUGGAGUCUUGUCUCCGUCUUUCUUCUCCAAAAGUGUCCUCAUGGUCAAUGUCCUCUCCCCCACUUUCCUGUCCUAG